ACAUCCCCGGUUGUUGCUCUUCCUCCAGUCAUCCCCUGUGUUGUAUCUCAGUGGAGUGCCUGGAGUGGCUGUGCAGAGCCUUGCAAGACAACCUAUCGUGUCAGGACGAGGCACAUCAUCCAGGAGCCCAGGAACGGGGCAGAGGCAUGCCCUGCUCUGGAGGAGAGGGCUGGCUGUGUAGAGUACUGGACUCGGCAAGGAACAGAGUGCCAGCAGUCCCUGAUUCCGGCAUUAAUAACUAAGGGAGGGUUUGGAAAAGCGAGGAAGAAAAGAGCUCCAGCUGAUGGGAGUGAAAGGGCAGGGUACUGCGUAGAGUUCCAGCUCGUGGCCCUGACGCCAGGCUGCCUGCACAGCCAGCACUCGCACACCAGCUGGACCCGCUACCUCAGGGAGGGCCACAGAGUGUGCGUGGAGUGCCAGCACCCAGCCCUGCAGCCCCCGAGGCAGCGCUGCUACGGUGAUGGCGCUGGCAGCCAGCAGAAUCAGUUGUUGCACUGGCAGGCGGUGGGGAACGAUCGAUGCAAGGGAACCUGGAGGAGAAUUCGCCAGCUGGACACUUGUUCCUGCCCUUCUGUUCACAGCUUCUUGUUCAUCUGACUUCUCUUGGCAGUCCCAGCAAGCCCCAGUGUGCAGCAGCAGCAGGGGUCAAAGCAAGGGGUCCCAGCCAAAGCAAGGACUUCUCCAUGUCAUGUCAGAGGCUUUGCUUUCACUGCCUUCCAGAGGUUGCUGACUGUACAGGGGUACCUGGAAUCCUCUCUGUGUGUGUUCUCCUUGAUUUCUAAGGAAAUCAUGCUGGCUGGGAAGUGCUCUCUUUUUUCCCUGAGAGAAUCUUGUCUGACCUUGAUGACUUCUUGAAAUUCCUCCUUUCUGGAAAGGAAUGAGAAUUUACCAAAUAACAAAUCAAACAAAAAAGGCCAUAAGAAGCAAGAUUUAAUUACUUUUUUAAAGUCUCAGUGAAGAAGAAGCAAUGCAAAAUAAAUUAAUGCAUGUGCCUUCUUUUUGUGGCAACAGCACUUUGUGGAUAUUCCUGCUUGUGCAUCUAUUCCCUCUAUUUUCAUCCUCCCUGGUCUCAUAAUUUUGUUUGGCCCUCAGUCUUACAGAGGGUUGAUCUUGUGCUGCUGAGGUAAUGAUAGAACUUAGAAAUGUGCUUGUCAAAUCUGUGAGAAUAGGGACAAGCUGGCCCUUGGACUUCAGUCUCAAGGAACAUCUCUGAGUUGGCCCAAAAUGCAAUGCAAGUCCUGGGGCUCUAAAUAGGAAGUCAGCUCAGCUGUGCCAGGUGGACUACACCCUUGUGUUUUUUACUGGGAGUGUUUUGAAAUAUUUUCCUUAUAUUCUGCUUACUAGUAUUCAUACUAUUCUAUAAAUGAAAAUAAAGGAGACUGGAUAUAUGUCUAUCUGUUUGAUUAAGCUGUGUGGUGCUAUCUCUUUAGCUUCUUCACCUGAUUUGUUCCAGACAGGAACUCACUGCAGGUUGAGAUGACAUUCAUUCCAUUUGUCACACCCAGGAAUUUUUUCACCAUUCAUCAUUAUGAUCUCCAUAAUUUCUAUUACUUGAGUUUUUGAAAAAGUGAAACUCUUGGAAAUCCAAGGUAGAAUACUCCUGAAAGUGGCUUUGUACUGUAAACAAGCAAGGCAGGCUCGCACAGAGGAAAGGCAGUUCUCCGAGGAUGGCAGCUGUUCCCAUGACAACGCUGAAAACCUUUCACCACUGGUUAUCAACAGGAGAACAUCUCCCCCAGCAAACCCGCAAAGCAAGGAGCUGAGUCCCCAUCCUCUGUAAAUCAUCCUGCUGGGCUCUGAUAAUGCAGCACAGGCAGCUCCACCUGCCAGGCACCUGCCUGAAAGAAAAGAAAAUAAAGCCAAAGCACCAGUGAAUCGGAUUUAUGCAAAAGCAAAAUUAAGCUCAACUGAUGUUUCUACAGUUCCUCCUGCUCUCCAGCUGAGGAUCUCAACUUUUAAUGAUGAAAAGUCAAGCAAAAAAUCCAGAUCCUUUUCCAACCUGCUGAAGAGCCCAUGUCGAGAGUCUCACACCGUCUCACAUGGUUUGUGUUUGUGUCAGGGCUGCAGCUGGACAACUCUGAACCUUAGCAAAGCUUUUCAGACUGAUUUUCUGGAAGCUGUAAGGGAAAAAAAAGGAAUGUAAAGGAAAUUAUUUUUGUUUGAAAAUCAGUUGAAAUUUGAAAUUUCCAGGUUGGCUGGAAAUUAAUUGUUUCCAGGAGUCCCAGCUCUUUGUUCCCUGGUCUCUUGGCAUCACAAACCGGGUAUACCAAUCCUGAAGGAAUCUCAGCUGAGAAAUCCCAAGUAUGGGUGAUAUUUGUAGCUACAGGAAUGUGCAUCUUACCUGUGGUGUGUGGGGCAAGAGGGGCACAGGGCUGGGCUAGCAUCCCAAGAGCUUCUGACUCACUGCUUGCUCCUAGUCUCAAGCUUAAUCUUGGUCAACUUUUCACCCUUCCUCCUGCUUUUUCUGCUCUAUGCUCUGCUGGCACCAGUCCAUGGGGGGCUGUGGAUAUCACAGAACAGGUACAUGUAUCUGUGUGUCAUCACUGGUUGUGUAAGCUGCCCUGUGACCCCAUGACAGCCUGCAAAUGGGGAGGCCUUUAAAUCUGUCCUGCUUACUGUGGCUGUUCUCCAGCACCCUGGUCUGUAGGGUACAAGAAUCCGGGAUUAAUGGCAAUAUUUUUAUAUUGCCUUAAAUAAACUUCCAUUCUUGA